GGGUGUCAGCGGGGAGUCAUGAAGAGGAGUGGCACACCAGUGUGGGACAGAAGGAGCUACAGGCCCCCUCCCACAUUAAAGAGGAGCAGCUUCAUGAUGAAGAUGAAGCUCAGUCCUUACAGCUUCAUCACAGUCAAAGUGAGGAGAACAGAGGGGCGGAGCUUGUAAGUCAACACAUCACAGAAGCUGAUGGAGAGCAUUGUGAAGAUAUCAAGUCAGAACCAGACAGCAUCUUUGCUCCACUGUCAGACAUGGACCACAUGAUGUCACACUCUUCUGAUCACAGUGACCACAUCCAAAAACCUUUGGAGAGUAAAAAUGACUCUAAAGGUGAUACGAGACAUCACACUAACAACAAACACUUUGACUGCUCUGAAUGUGGGAAAUCAUUUAGACGGAAGAGUCAUUUUACAAGACACAUGAGAACACAUACUGGAGAGAAACCUUUUACUUGCUCUGUUUGUAAGAAGAGUUUCUCCAGAAAGGAACAAAUGACCAUACACAUGAGAACACACACAGGUGAGAAACCUUUUACUUGCUCAGCUUCUGAUCACAGUGACCACAUCCAAAAACCUUUGGAGAGUAAAAAUGACUCUAAAGGUGAUACGAGACAUCACACUAACAACAAACACUUUGACUGCUCUGAAUGUGGGAAAUCAUUUAGACAGAAGAGUCAUUUUACAGUACACAUGAGAACACAUACUGGAGAGAAACCUUUUGCUUGCUCAGCUUGUGCUAAAAGAUUCAACACUAAUAAGGAACUUAUAUUACACGUGAGAACACACACAGGUGAGAAACCUUUUACGUGCUCCGUUUGUAAGAAGAGUUUCUCCACAAAACAGUACAUGACCACACACAUGAGAAUACAUACUGGAGAGAAACCUUUUGCUUGCUCAGCUUGUGCUAAAAGAUUCAACACUAAGAAGGAACUUAUAUUACAUGUGAGAACACACACAGGUGAGAAACCUUUUACUUGCUCCGUUUGUAAGAAGAGUUUCUCCAAAAAGGAACACAUGACCAGACACAUGAGAACACACACAGGUGAGAAACCUUUUGCUUGCUCUGUUUGUAAGAAGAGUUUCUCCAGAAAGGCACACAUGACCACACACAUGAGAACACACACUGGAGAGAAACCUUUUGUUUGCUCAGCUUGUGCUAAAAGAUUCAAAUCUAAGAGGGAAAUGAUAUUACACAUGAGAACACACACAGGUGAGAAACCUUUUACUUGCUCUGUUUGUAAGACGAGUUUCUCCAGAAAGGAACAAAUGACCACACACAUGAGAACACACACUGGAGAGAAACCGUAUAGUUGCACUGUGUGUGAUAAGAUGUUCAGGUUUAAGAAUCAGGACAGUAAACACAAGUGUGUAACAGUCAUGGAAGCUGCAGGGAUUUAAAAACACUUAAACAGUGAUUGUGCUAAAUGUAGUUUAAAAACACAGCAUGUAUAAUAUGAAUGUAUAUUUGAUGUUGUAUGUAGUGCUGCUCAGUCCGAAUGAGACUAACCCUAACCCCUAGCCCUAAUAAUAUCAAAUAAAU